AUGGUGUUGAUUUAUAAGUGGUACUCGAAAACAGUUUUUGCUGCUCCUAAAGUCACUUUUUUGAAUGGUGAUGAAGCAGUUUUGAUCAAAAAUAGGGAUGUAAGCCGAUUAACAAAAGUCACUGUAUACGAAGUGGCAAAAUCCAGUGGAAUGCUAUCCUUACAAUCUUCGGAUUCGAGAUAACUUCAUUUAGUCUCCGGUAACCAUAUCAAAAUCGAUCAACCCUUUAAUCCUUUGUUCCGUAAGCCUGUGCCGGCGGUUCCUGAUUCAUAUUCGCUUCUCGAUGCAUUAAAAUUAUGGUCUGAUAUUAAUGAAGGACAUCAGUUUCGAUUCAUUUUAUCAAUAUCAAUAUCCUGA